GUAAUCACUAUUCACUAAUCAGUUUUUAACCGACACUUCGCGUUGACGUACGCUGUUCAAUUAUUUGUUUUCCUUUUCUCUAGUAAUCAAUUAUUUAAUUUCUGACCAUGCCAAAAAAAUUGAAAGUCGUUGUGAAAUCUCUAUAUUCUCAUGAAAUACGCAAAGAUGUUAGUUUGGAACAAUUAAAAUCAUUAAAACUUGAAGAUGCGUGGCCUUUUAUCAGGGAGGAAAUUGAAACGGAGAUCGGUAGCAGUCAGCUCGUCUGUAUACCACAUAUUACAGAGGCCGAUCUUUACAAUGUGACAUCUCUAUUUGUCCCUAAUGAAAAGCCUACAAAUGGUAAAAUGUUCACUCCUCUUGGAGAGCUUAAAAUGAACAUAAACACGGCCAAAUCAGACCCGCAUUAUGUCAGCUGGUUAAAUGAGAGUGAUUUCCAAGAUACUUCUUUCAAAUUCCCUCAUGAGAGUGUCAAGAUUACCUUACAAGAUGAGUCAAUUAAGAAUAAAGUUAGAGUUAUUAUGGUGGGCUUCACUAGAACAAUUAUUCCAAAGGAUAAGGAUCUUGUCAGUAACAUUUACUUGGAUGUUGACAAACAUAAAGAUUUAAAAGGCAAGAAAUCUGUGUAUAUGAUUACAAAUGUGCUCAUUGCAAAAACCAUUGAGUUCAGAGUGACUCGAGGUACAUCUUCCAGAAUUUUUCACCUUGGAAAUGCAUCACCAUUGGUUUUCGGAUUAGAUGAGUUCAUGAUUGGUGAUGAUGGAAAACUAAUUAGUAAACAACCAGUGACAAUUAAAUCCAAAUUUCUUCACUGGCAGAGACUCCAUCCUUCAGACCAGCUGUAUAUUGCCGAGAAAGACGCAGAAAGUGAAGAUUAAAAACAGUAAUUUCUAGAAUUACUAGUCUGUGUAGGCUUGCAUUUUAAAAUACUUUACGUAUUUCGCUUUUAAAGCAAUGUUUUGAAGUAGGUGGCAGUUCUCUUGCUAAAGCAAUGAGGUAGAUUAAUUAUUCAGUAUUUAUAUUUUGUACUUAGUAUGUACUUAUACAUACCCUAAUUAAUUUACUUAUAUUAUUCAUAUUAGUGUAGGUAGAUUGCGUGUUACUUAAAUUUUAUAUUGAAACCCUAAAUGUAAUACUCUAAAAGAUGUGACUUUGUUUAUCAAAUAUUUACUUAUUAUUUCUUCAUUUGACAUCACAAUUCAUAACAAAUUGAACUGAAACAUUAAUGUACUAAUUAGGAAAUUGUGUUAUUAACUGCACAGCACUAAUUUAAUAUUAAUAGAACAGCAAUAAAAGUUUUUUUGGGUAUCUGAUUAAUGAGCCCUUACACUACAGUAUUACAUAUUAUGCAACUAAUUUAAAAAUGAAGAUUUUGAUUAUUAUAAUUCUUUGUAUCUUAUUUAUGUAAUUUAGGAUUAUUCACAAUUUAAAUGUAAGCUAAUAUUAAUUGGUAAAAGUGAAAAUUUAAAUCCGUUUUAAACAUUCCUUAAUGCUGGCAUUAUUUGCGAUCAUUUCUAACCACUGAUCAGUUUGUGAUACUUAAGUACUUAACAUUUUUGUGUAAUAGGUAUAUAAUUAAACAGUAUUUAAAUAAAUUGUGUGUUUAAAUAAAA